GACGAGGAAGCGGCCGCCUCCCUGCGUCCCGCCCCUCGGUCUUGCUUGCUGGCUUCCAGCUCUUCCCGGCUCCUCCCGGCCCUCUCCCGGCUCCCUCCGGCUCCGGCUCCGGUGCGGCUGCGGCGGCGGGCAUUACAGUGGUGCAGAAUGGCUGACCUCAGUCUUGCAGAUGCGUUAACAGAGCCACCACCAGAAAUUGAGGAAGAAAUAAAACGGGACUUUAUUGCUACCCUGGAGGCAGAGGCCUUUGAUGAUGUUGUGGGAGAAACUGUUGGAAAAACAGACUAUAUUCCUCUCUUGGAUGUUGAUGAGAAAGCUGGGAAUUCAGAGUCAAAGAAGAAACCAUGCUCGGACACUAGCCAGGUUGAAGGCACUCCAUCUAAACCAACAGUGCUAGCCAACGGUGAUCACGGAAUAGAAGGGAGUGACACUACUGUGUCUCCAACGGAAUUCCUUGAAGAGAAAAUGGCCUACCAGGAAUAUCAAAACAGCCAGAACUGGCCAGAAAAUACAAACUUUUGCUUUGAACCUGAGCAAGGGGUGAAUCCAAUCCAGACUGAUCCCUUUAAGAUGCAUCGUGAUGAUGGCCUGGAAGAUUUGCUCUUUCUUCCCAGUGGAACAACCAAUGCUUCAGCAUUUACAGAACCAAACGAUCCCCUGAAAAACAGUUACGGUCUCUUUCCCUGUGACACGUUUGCUCCUGCAGCUGUUGUUCCUCAGGCUUGGUCUGUGGAAGCUCCCAACCCUCCACACUCAGAGCCUUUAAUUUCCCCCAUAGCUGUUAUACAACCUCUGCAGCCCAUGGCAGAGCCAGCUGAGGAUGUAGAAAUGUCAUCAUUAGAAGAGAGGGCACCAACGAAAGCAUUGGAAAUGAUGAUGGGACUGGUGGCUGUUGACAUGGCACCAUCUAGAGAAUCAGAGAUGAUCCCGGCCAAGGAUGUGGUCUCAGCCACAGAAACAGAGGUGGCAUUGGCUAAAGACAUGGAACCACCUCCCAAACCAGAUGUGGCACUGGCCAGGGACGCAGAAUCAUCCAUCGAAUCAGAUAUGGUCCUAGGCAAGGACAUAGCACUACCCACAGAAACAGAGGAAGCACCGGUUAAGGAUGUUGUAUGGCCCACAGAAACAGAUGUGUCUUUGGCCGAGAACAUGGUACUGCCCACAGAAACAGAAGCAGCCCCAGCCAAGGACAUACUACUAUUCAAAGAAACAGAGAGGACAUUACCUGUAAAAAUGGAUGUGGCCCAAGGUAAGGUCAUAGUACUACCUACAGACCAAGAGAUGGCCUCAGCCCAGUGUAUAGCAUCACUCUCAGAAAUAGAGGUGGAACUGGUUUCAGACAUUGUAUCAGCCACAGAACUGUCCUCAGCCAAGGAUGUAGCCCUGUCCUCAGAAGCAGAGGUGGCCCUGACUGGGAAUAUGGCCACACCUCCAGAAACAGAAGUCACACCAGUCAAGGACAUGGCUUCACCCCCAGGAAUAGAGGUGGCCCGGGGCAAGGAUGUUGCCCCGCCUCCAGAAACAGUGGUAGCCCUGGGCAAGGAUGUGGUUUUACCUCCAGAAACAGAGAUGGCCCUGGGCAAAGACAUGGCUGUGCUCCCAGAGACAGAGGUGACUAAGGAUGUUGCUGUGCCUCCAGAAACUGAGAUGGCCCCAGCCAACAAUGAUGCUUCAGCCAAGACCCUUGCACCAUCAUCAGAAGCAGAGGUGGCACCGGUUCCAGUUAAGGACAUGGGAAUUAUGUGGACACAGGAAGAAACAAAUGAGGACUCCCAGUUAGAGUCUCUCCACAAUGAGGAACAGUUAGCUGCACCUCCUCUCGUGAUGUCACCAGAACCAGUCACAGCCACAGGCCAAAAGCACAGCUUGCCAACAGAUGAGGACUCUGUGUUAGAAAAACUAGAGCAAAAGAAACCAUUCAGUACUCAACCUCCUGAACUUCCUUCAGAGACCUCAGGUACCCCUCCCACACAAGCCAGACAAGUGUGCAGACCCAGUGACCACAGGUCCACCCGGCCCAGGCCUGCCAGGGUCCCUCCUGAGCUGCUGGGAGGAUCUUCUCCAAGGAAGACUCUUGAUCCUGGGCUAGGCCCCUGCCCUUUGUCUGAGCUGGGUUGGGUUUCUGGUUCAUCUUCCUGUGGUGAGCCUGGGAACCAGAGGAAAACUAUUCAUGGUGACGUCCUUGAACCCCAGAGGGAUCUUGUCAGGGAGGCCUGGGAUCUAGAAAGCACAACCAUGAUGAUGAAGAAAAAAAAGAAAAAACCAAAGCAAAAGAGAUAUCCUCAACCCCGGGCUGGUGGACCUUCAGAUGACGACAAUGCAGACGAGUCUAAAAGUCAUCUCUUUGCCACUGACCCACGAAAAUCAGGUGUUCUUCCCAGCCAGCCUCCCACGGUGGGCACAGAACAUGGACUGGUAUCCCGGGGAAACUUGAAAAGGGGAUAUGAAAUUGACUCCAGAGCAGCCAAACUGGUAGCUGAGAACUUUGUGUCAGAGAGUCUCAGCAUUCCUUCAUGUCCUUUGGAAGAACUGCCAAAAACUGCAGUAAAUUCUCAGCCCAAACUCAGGGAAGAUGCAGAGGGCAAAGGUAAUGAGUCAGCACUACAGAGCCAAGACAGGAAAUCUCUGCAGCAAGAUGAGUGCAAGUCGCAGCCUGUACCUGACCUCAGGUCUUCUGUGGAUAAAAGCCAGACAGUAGGCUCCCUCAAUCUGAAAGGACCCCUGACAGAAGUUUCUGCACACAAAGUAGAGAUCCCUUUGGAGAUCAUACCCAAAGAGGGUUGCUCUCCUCUCAUGGACCAAGAGGCUGUGGGUGGAAUUGCAAAACCCACAGCAGCAGCAGGACUGCCCAUUUUGGUACCUACUUUGACAGCAAGUAAUCCAUUAGAAAGUAGUCUAAAAGAAAGGAAUGAUGAAAGUAAAAUGACCAAGCUGCAGAAGGACAGACAGAAAGAGUUUUCUGAAGGAGUUGAAGAAGUUAAAGAACUAAAAAAGGAAAGUUUUCCUAGGCAGAGACAUGAGAACAGCAUCAUUGCCUCUGAACAGCUGCAGGAUAAGGUGUCCGUUCAGGUUCCUGGACCAGGGAAUGAACCAUUUAAGAGAAUGGUGGGUGACAGCAAAAGCAGGAAGGGAAAGGGCAGUUCGGGGAAAGUGAGAUCGAGUUCUGGGAAGGUGAGAGCAAGGUCUGAGCUGCCAUUCCUCCCAGACAGCCAGAAGGACAGCAGAGCUGUUCAUGCACCAAGUGAGCCAGCCCCGAAAACUGAAACAGUGACUGCUGGGGAUAAAAGUGAGGAGCUGGGGCUAGAUUCUUCAAAGCCCUCAGGAACAGUAACCAACCUCACUGAGGCAGUGGCGAUGGGGAAUCCUAAGGAGGUGACUGACACCUUGCAGGCCUUGAUUCCUUUGGGAAAUGGGUCAGGCAUGAUUCAGACUUCCAUUGCUCCAACAGAAAGAGGAGCUGUAGCUGUGGACAUGGGUGUCAGCAACCAGAGCAAGGAGGAAAAGUGUCCUUGGGGGGAGGCAGCUCCCUGGAUUGCUGAAAAGCCUAAAAAAAGAGGUAGUGAAAGCAGAAACAAAAAAUUUAAAAAUAAUUAUUCCACACAGCCUGCUAGAAUGGAGAGGAAGGAAGAAAUCUUCAACCUCCCUUUUGUAGGUAGUACUCCCCAUCAAAACAAGGAAUUAGAACUCACUUUCCCCAUAAAUCAUGACCCUUUGUUCUCAUGUGCAUCAGAUACACCCACAGUGGGAGUAGCUGACCAAAAGGGUAGAAAUGCUGAGGCUAAUUCUUUGGAGCUUGGGGCUGUUGGCAGGAACAAAACAAACAGAGGCGAGGAUUCUGCUGUUACCCAACCAACUACCAAGGUGACAGAUGUGAGCUGCCAAGACCAAAUCCAGGGGGCAGGAUUUCUUCCUUCAGUACUGUGUGAGGAGAAUAAGAUAGAUACAGGCAAGGGACACACUGCAGUAGCUGACAAACCAAAUAAAAGGAGUAAUGAUGGAAAAAGCAAAGAGGUUAAAAAUAGUUUCCCUGAGAAGCACAUUCUGGAGAAUAAGAUAGAUGCAACAAAAAUACAUGUUCCCAUGGAAACCAUAGGGGACCACAGAAUUGAAGGAAUAGGCUAUGUGGACGAAAAUAGAAAUAUUACAUUUACCUGCCCCAGAACACUACUGAAGUCGAUGAAUAAGUCAGUCCCUCUAGAGGCUCAGGAAUCAGCAGCCUGUGAAAAAUUGCCUACUUCUACUUCUCAAGUUGUAAAGGAAAGUGAUUCAUUUCCAGACAUCUUGGCAGAAAGUGGUCAAGCGACAGCUCAAACCCAGAUUUCCACAUUAUUAGUGGUAGAUAAUUGUAGCAAAGUUGGAGUCCCAGAUGAAGAAAGACCCAAGGCCCCCUCUGCUGUUACACCCUCUACAAGCACAGGAGUUGCCCCAAAUCUUCCAGCAGCUGUAGAAACAGCUAACAGUCAUGGAGGUAACCGUCUUCAGAAUAAAAGUGAGCUUGCUGAUCCCAUGAAAAAUGGAGCAGGGGUAGAUGGAGGGCGUGUGAUAGGAGAAUCUGAGUCAGUGCCCAGUGGUGCAUCUAAGCAUUCAGUAGAGAAGACCAUGGAGCCAGCGAGAGGGCACCUUCUUUCUGGAGUGCUAGUAGGAGACCAAAGCCUGGCAGGUGGGGUCAGAGGCCUAGAAACCUGUACAGAUAGGAGUAGUUUUCCAACAUGUCCAGUAAACAAAAAGGAAGAGUCUGAGGCGGCUUCUGCUCCAGUUCCAAUUCCUGACCUACUGGGAAACAAAGCACAAAAGCCCAGUUUCUGUGAGGACCAAAAUGCUGAAGAUAGAGAUUCCAAGGGCCCAGACAGUUUGGCUAAGGAGGUAUAUAUGGUUCUUUUGCCUCCAAAAAGUGAAAAAGAUAAAUUGGAAGAAAUCAGUCUGGCUUCUGAAAUGAGAGGAUCGGCACAUGUUUCCUUGGCACAAGCAGAACUCCAGUCAGAUGUCUUAGAUGACAAAGUUGAAGCGACUCCUUCGAAGGUGAUAGAUGAAUUAGUAGUGACUGCUUCCAAGGCUUCUCAACUCCCAGAACCCAAAGACAAGGUCUUGGAGGCACCUGAGAAAAUGACCGAAAAACCUGAACCAAAGGCACUGAGAGAAGGGAAUAAGGAAGAUAAAAACAGAACGGCUGAACCGAUGAAAGGCUACAUGAGACCCACCAAGUCCCGAGGACUCACUCCGCUUUUGCCUAAAUCUGCGGUCCAGGAAAGAGAGCGAUCCAAGCAAUUCAAGUCCAGUGGAAUAGCCAAACCAGAAGAAGGACAGCCUGCUGUGAGCGUGACUGGAAAUGACAUCACCACCCCGCCAAACAAGGAGCUCCCACCAAGCCCAGAGAAGAAAACAAAGCCUUUGGCUACUACUCAACCUGCAAAGACUUCAACAGCGAAAGCCAAAACCCAGCCCACUUCUCUCCCUAAGCAGCCAGCUCCCACCACCUUUGGUGGGUCGAAUAAAAAACCCAUGAGCCUUGCUUCAGGCUCAGUACCAGCUGCCCCACCCAAACGCCCUGCUGCCGUCACUGCCAGGCCUUCCACCUUACCUUCAAAAGAUGCAAAGCCCAAGCAGCCUGUUGGAGAGGCAAAGAUCCCUGAGAAGCGGGCCUCACCAUCCAAGCCAGCCUCACCAUCCAAGCCAGCCUCUGCCCCGGCCAUCAGGCCUGGCUCCAAGAGCACCCAGACUGUACCAAAAGCCACAGCACCUGCCACUCUUGCCUCAGCUGGGCCAAACAGUAGGAGCCCCUCCACAGCUCUGCCCAAGAGGCCCACUGCCAGCAAGACUGAGGGGAAACCUUCAGACGUCAAGAAGUUGGCUACAAAGUCUGCACCAGCUGACUUGAGUCGCCCAAAGACCACCUCUACCACUUCUGUGAAGAAAAGCACCACUGCCCCUGGGGCGGCAUCCCCAGCAGGGGUGGCUCCCAGCCGAGUCAAGCCCACAGCCACGGCUCCCCGGCCCUCCGGGACUCCUUCUGUGGACAAGAAGCCUGUGUCGGCCAAGCCCAGCUCCUCUGCCCCGAGGCUGGGCCGCCUGACUACCAAUGCUUCUGCCCCUGAUCUGAAGAAUGUCCGCUCCAAGGUCGGCUCCACGGAAAACAUCAAGCAUCAACCUGGAGGAGGCCGUGCCAAAGUAGAGAAAAAAACAGAGGCAGCUGCUCCAGCUCGAAAGCCUGAACCUAACGCAGUCACUAAAGCAGCCGGCCCAAUUGGCAGUGCACAGAAACCACCCGCUGGGAAAGUCCAGAUAGUCUCCAAAAAAGUGAGCUACAGCCAUAUUCAGUCCAAGUGUGGUUCCAAGGACAAUAUUAAGCAUGUCCCUGGAGGUGGUAAUGUUCAGAUUCAGAAUAAGAAGGUGGACAUCUCUAAGGUCUCCUCCAAGUGUGGGUCCAAGGCUAACAUCAAGCACAAGCCUGGUGGAGGAGAUGUCAAAAUUGAAAGUCAGAAGUUGAACUUCAAGGAGAAGGCCCAGGCGAAAGUGGGAUCCCUUGACAACGUGGGCCACCUGCCUGCAGGUGGUGCCGUGAAGAUUGAGACCUACAGGCUGACGUUCCGGGCAAACGCCAGGGCCCGCACCGACCACGGGGCCGACAUUGUCUCCCGCCCCCCCCACUUCCCUGGCGGCCCCAGCUCAGGCCCCCGGGUGGCCAGCUCCCUCUCCCAGGCAGCCCUCUAGGCCCUCCCCACUCCUGCCUUGCUUGCCACCCCCACACUCCUUCCACUCCGAGCCACCCAGGCCCAGCUCCCUGCUUAGCUCUGAUCCUCACCAACAUCCUCACCAUUAUCCUCACCAUUGCGCCAUUGCACUGUGGAGAAGGUUGGGUGGGAAAUGGGUGGGGGAGGCUAAUUUGGGAUCUCUGGGGAUCGGGGUGGGCUGGGGUGAGGGGAGCUGGAUUCCAACCACUUCUUUGUUUGGGUUUUUUGGACCAAACCCAAGAAAAACUGACAUACCCUCCCUCCUCGCUGGGUCCCCCUGGAGGGAAGAGUGGAAGUGGGUGUGUACUCGGUAGUUGGGCGCUGACUGUCCCUUGGAGCCGCUAAGCCAUUGCCUCUCCCUUUGACCCCACAAUGGUGCCCCCCAUGCAGGUGGCACCAGGCGCCUCUUGCUGCCCCUCCCACAAGUUAGCAGGGUCAGUGCUGCCUGUCCCCAGUGCUUCCCAUACUUGCCUAGCUGCUGUCACACUUUAUCUUUUUUUCUGGUUUUUUUUGUUUGUUCUUAAAUAACCUAAAAACCGGUGGAGUAGUUUUGCAGGUUGAAGCCAUGUCUAAAUGAAAGUCCUCAGUAGGUGUUAAAAGAGACAGGGAGGGGAGAUCCUGAAGCUUCCAGCCGAGAGGCCAGGCACUGGGGGCCUGUCCUGGCUUGAGCAGCUCAGGUGGGCCCCCUGGAGGUGGUGUGGGUGGGGCAGGCACAGUGUGAGGCCCGUGGCCUGGAAAGCAGGCAGGGCACGCUAGGGGCUGGUCAGUGUGGACUGGUGGUUCUAGCAUUGUGUGUGUAUGCUGCUUUUCUUUUCUAACCAAGAGGCUGGUUUUGGCAUCUGUGUCUGUCUCAUUCCCUGGGAUCUGGUGGGAGACACGGGGGCUGGAAGCGGGCCAUGGAGGUCAACCUCUUUCAGGCCUGCAGCCUCGGACACUCAAGCCCUGAGUUGCCAGCGAGCCCAGGAUGUCCAGCACUCAUAUGGAUAGUGGGGAAUCAGGUCUGGAAAUUUGAAAAUAAGGAUAUGAGAUGGACCAUCCUGCCUCCCUUAUAAGAGGAGAGGGGAGACCAGCCUGAGGGUGGCAUGUCCCAGCCAGGCCUGGUCUUGGGAUGGCUGCAAUGAUGAGUCCCGGGAAUUGUAUUGACACGAAGAUUCUUAUUGCACUUGUAUUUUUUUGUAUUAAAGUUUGCAUGGUUUCUAAUAAAGGAUUAAAACAUAACAGUUUGUAGUGAAAUGGCCUGAGAGUCUCCAGGGCUUCUCCUCUGGAAGAGCAUUUUCUGCAGUGCAGACUUGCUGCCAAGGAGGCUGCCACAGACUUGGCCCCUCACCCUCUCCACCUCAGCUCCCAGUGUCCCUUGGCGCAGAGAAGGUGGGGGCUUGAACUAGGUUUGAUCGAUGGCUGUGGCAGGUUCUCUGCAUUUCCAGGGUUAGCAUUUUCUUCAGGCAGGUCUGACACCACAUCCCCACUUCCCCAGGCAUAGACCUGAUGCCACUGGGAGGGGGUGUCAGGAGACAGUGGGAUGACAGUGCCAGGCCUAAAGGUACCUGCUCCCCCCACAUUGAUCCUGGGGCCAAAGGGAUGCUGAGGUGGACAGCAGCCUCUGGAUCCUUUUACUCCUUUGGCCAAGGAUGGGGUGGGAAAGGACCCCAGUGGAGAGCUCUCAUGGGGGUGCUGGAGUGGUCAGUGUUCUGAAAGGUUGUGUGGUCACAGCUCCCUUGAAGGGUCCCACAAGCCAGAGAAUCUGAGAAGGCAGGUGGGACCAGAGGCCCGUGUGCUGUGUACUGCUCUGUAGCCAUUGCGGGUGGGACUUUUCUGUACUUCCCGAUUUGCUUAUGGCUCAGCCAUUACCUGUAUCCAUCUGUGAUUCUGUUUAACCAUUUUCGGAGUAAAUAAAGCUCUUGUGCCCCAUA